CGUCUCUUUCCUUCACUCUUUAACUUCAUCACCAGUGCUUCGUCUUCUUCCUGUGUUUGUGUCUCUCAGCAACCAACCUCGGACAGACCAUUUCAGUGCCCUGAAACCAGAACUGGGUUUAUAACCCCAUCUCAGAGUGGUUUCACAUGGUAAAAUGGCUUCAAGAUCAAAGCUUGAUAAACCAAGCAUUGAAGAUAGGCUUAGUGGGUUGCCAGAUGCAAUUCUUUGCCAUAUACUUUCCUUAAUUACAACCAGAGAGGCUGUGCAGACCAGUGUUUUGUCACAUAGAUGGAAGAAUGUGUGGGCUUCUGUUCCCAUUCUUGAUUUGGAUGAAAAAAAAUAUCACAUGGAUUAUGUUGAUCGUACUCUACCAGCCCCUCUGAGAUAUGAGUCAAGUAGUUUUGCACAGUUUGUGAAUUGUGUACUUUUGUUUCGUAGCCCCAUAAACAUACAUAGAUUCUAUCUCAAGACUACUAUGACAUCUGAUGCUUCUCUUAUAUAUGGUUGGAUAACCACUGCCAUAGAACACAAUGUUGUGGAACUUGAUCUUUGUGUGGAGAUACCUACUGAGCCACAUUUCGAGAUCCUGAGAAGCCUUUUCUUGUGUAGCACAUUGGUGAGUAUGAAGCUGUUGCUGUCCCAAGAUGUUAGUGCUAUAACUCUCGGCGUAAAAUGUUUUCCGUGUCUUAAGUUCUUCCAUGUUACAGUUUGGUGUCCUGAUUCCGAUUCCAUGGAGAAGCUUUUUUCUUGCUGCCCUGCACUUGAACAUUUGAUUAUAGAUGGACAACUUGACGAUGUGUCCGCUUAUGAUAUAAAUAUCUCUGGACCUAAGCUGAAAAGAUUGCAGAUUAGCUUCACUGUGCAUAAGUUUGAUAUGAGAUCUAAUGUUGUAAAUUAUGUGUGCCAAGUAUUCGUCAAUGCUGAUGCUCCAACUCUUGAUGAGUCGGAUAUCUACUAUGACUUUUCUGUGAGCUAUUCUCUGAAGGAUGCCAAAUGUAUGAGGAAAGCCAAGAUAGACUUCUUAGAUGUGGAUGAGCUUGAUAACCUCCAUUGUUUUGUUGGCCUUAAUGAUCGUGUCCACAUGCUCUUUGCUGGAAUUGUUAAUGUUAAACAUUUGUCAGUUUCAGCCGCACUCUUGGGGGCACUUGACAUUACAGAUCAACUUCUUCUGCCUACGUUUGAUCAUUUAAACCACUUAGUGUUGCAACUUCAAACGUGUUGCUGUUUGCAAUCAUUGCCAACUUUGCUCAAGCUAUCACCGAAUUUGGAACAUCUUGUGUUUGAAAAUAACACCAAGUUUUGUGCUGAUGACAACGAGAACGAGUUUGUACAUGAAUGGGGUGUGCCAGAGUUUGCACCUGCUCGUUUGUUUUCACAUCUCAAGACUAUUUGCCUACGGGAUUUCAUGGGGUGUCCAAAUGAGAUGGAAGUGGCAAAGUACUUGCUGAAGAACGGGAAGGGUUUGCAUAAGGUGACUAUUUAUGUUCGCUUUAGUGAAGAGAAAGAGAUGAAGUUACGGCCUCAUAUUGUUGCCUUAUGCACAGAAAUUUCCAAGUUCCCUAGGGGUUCAAAGACUUGUGAAAUAGAUUAUCAGAAUUUUACCUAGAUCCCCUUUUUGGUAAGAUAUGAAACUACCAAAGGCCUUAAUUUAGGUGUAAUUGAUCAUACUUGGCUCGUGCGACAAUGAAGAGAUCAAGUUAUAGCUUCAGUUGCCACCUUAUGAUCAGAAGUUCUAAAGUCCCAAAAGGGUUCAACAAUUUGUGGAAUUACUUUUAUAUGAUAAUAGUUCACAACUU